AUGGGACCGCACGGGCUGGGGACGGCGCUGAGGGUGUCUGUGCUACCCACAGGGCCCCCGGGGGACCUCCUGAAGGUGGCGGGGCAGCUGAGACUGCCGCCCGUGGACCCGCCGCCUGCCCAGGCAGUGGUCUUGCUGGUGCAGUACGCGGCAGGGCUGGGCGUCACCCUGACCUUCCGCCAGGACCCACCGGCAGGUCCUGGCUCCCCCUUCUCUGUGUGUGCAGAACUGGAUGGGGUGGUGUGCCCCGCAGGCACUGCGGACACCAAAGUGGAGGCCGAGCAGCAGGCAGCACUCUCUGCCCUGUGCUACAUCCGCAGUCAGCUGCAGAGCCCAGAGCCCCUCGAGAGCCUCCGCCAGCCUCCGCUCACCGCCCCAAGUGCAGAGAACACCCUGUCCCAUGAGCAGCGCUGUGCAGCCGUGGUCAGUGCUGGCUUGGACCGCCUGCUGGGCAAAGACUCACCCUACCGGGACUGCGUGGGGACAGUGGCCGCAGUCAUCCUGGAGCGUGAGCUCCCGGGUGCCAAAGGCCACACCAAGGAGAUCUAUGAGCUGGUGGCACUGGGCACAGGAAGUGGCACCUGUGCCAGCUGGCUGGAGUUCUCGGGCCGGCAGUUGCACGACUGUCACGGUCUGGUCAUCGCCCGCCGGGCCCUGAUAAGGUUCUUCUUCCGGCAGCUGCUGCUGGCCACGAAGGGAGGCCCCGAAGGCAACGAGCGCUCUGUGCUGGCCCCCCAGCCUGGGCCCGGGCCCCCCUUUGCCCUCAAGCCCCAGAUCUUCCUGCACCUGUACGUCAGCAACACUCCCAAGGGAGCAGCCCACGACAUCUCCCUCCCGCUGUCCUCGGAAGAUGGUCUGCCCAGCUCCUCCUUCCGCCUCCAGGCCCACAUUGGCCGGCAGUUGAAGCCGGUGUCCUAUGUGGCACACACGCUCCGCCACACGCACGUGGGCUGCCUGUCGGCCAGCGACAAGCUGGCGCGCUGGGCAGUGCUGGGGCUGGGCGGCGCCCUGCUAGCCCACUUCCUGCCACCGCUCUAUGCCACCAGUCUCGUCCUGGCUGACCCCUGCCACGACCCCCCGACUCUGAGCAGGGCCAUUCACGACCGGCCCCACCUAGACAGCACCUCAGGGUCCUGCCUGCCGCCUCCCUACGUCCGCACCACCCUGCACCUAUUUUCAGGCCCCUCCGUGGCCCCCUCCAACCCUGUCUCCAACACCUCCCCCGGCCUGAGCCUCAACUGGAGCCUGGGGGACCCCGACGUGGAAGUUGUGGAUGUGGCUACUGGCCACGUGCAGGCCAAGGCCACCCCGGGGCCUCCUUCCCGCCUCUGUAAGGCCGCCUUCCUGAGGGCCUUCCGCCAGGCUGCUGAUGCUCUGGGCAAGCCCCAUCUCCUGGCCCUGAAGACCUACGAGGCUGCCAAGGUUGGACCCUACCAGGAGGCUCGCCAGCAGCUGUCCUUCCUCCUGGACCAGCAGGGCCUGGGCUCUUGGCCCUCCAAGCUACUGUUAAUGGGGAGCCAGAGUCCAGUUGGUGUGGGAGGCGAGUCUUUCACCCCUCUUUGAGAAGCCUCACGUCUG